UUGUUUAGGCAGUAGGGAGUUUCUGCUAGGGUCUGGAUUGGAGUUAUACGCAGACCGGACCCUACCGUGUAUGAGUGGUGUCUGAGGAGAAAAAGAGGAUUCCCCCCCUAUCGCAAAGAAUCUACAUGUCUAAUAUUUAGACAUGUUCAGCUUUGUGGAUAUUCGGUUAGCGCUGUUGCUCAGCGCAGCAGUGCUUUUGGUCAGAGGUCAAGGCGAGGAUGAUAGCCCAUUCGGCAGCUGCUCAUCAGAAGGACAGUUGUACAAUGAUAAGGAUGUAUGGAAACCAGAGCCCUGCCGGAUCUGCGUCUGUGACAGCGGAAACGUCUUGUGCGACGAGGUGAUCUGCGAGGACACAACUGACUGCGCCGACCCAAUCAUCCCAGACGGAGAGUGCUGCCCUAUCUGCCCUGACAUUGAUGAGAUACCUGUGGAUCCUCCAGAGAAGGGACCACCUGGCCCCAAGGGAGACAAUGGCCCUCCUGGACCUCCUGGCAACGAUGGACUCGAUGGAGAGCCUGGCCUUCCCGGACCUCCCGGCCCCCCUGGCCCCCCUGGCCUUGGCGGAAACUUCUCUCCUCAAAUGAGCUACGCAGACCCCUCUAAAUCAUCCGGCCCACCUCAGCCUGGCCCAAUGGGUCCCAUGGGUCCUCGUGGUCCUCCUGGACCUUCCGGCUCCUCUGGUCCUCAGGGAUUCACUGGCCCUCCAGGAGAGCCUGGUGAGCCUGGAGCUGCUGGUACCAUGGGUUCUCGUGGUGCUGCUGGCCCCCCUGGAAAGAACGGAGAUGAUGGUGAGCCUGGCAAACCCGGUCGCCCUGGUGAGCGUGGAGCCGCUGGCCCUCAGGGCGCCCGUGGAUUCCCCGGAACCCCUGGACUCCCCGGCAUCAAGGGACACAGAGGUUUCAAUGGUCUUGAUGGAGCUAAGGGAGAUGCUGGACCCGCUGGACCUAAGGGAGAGCCUGGUGCACCUGGUGAGAACGGCAUGCCUGGCACCAUGGGAGCUCGUGGUCUUCCUGGUGAGAGAGGACGCCCUGGACCUCCUGGCCCAGCUGGAGCUCGCGGUAAUGAUGGCAACACUGGUGCUGCUGGACCUCCUGGACCUACUGGACCUGCUGGCCCCUCUGGAUUCCCUGGUGGUGCUGGAGCUAAGGGAGAGACUGGUGCUCAGGGAGGCCGUGGAUCUGAGGGACCCCAGGGAGCCCGUGGUGAGCCCGGUAACCCUGGACCUGCUGGACCUGCCGGACCUGCUGGUGCCCCUGGAUCUGAUGGUUCUGCUGGUGCUAAGGGAUCUCCUGGUGCUGCUGGUAUUGCUGGUGCUCCUGGUUUCCCUGGAUCUCGUGGUCCUGCUGGAGCUCAGGGAGCUAUUGGUGCUCCUGGUCCCAAGGGUAACACUGGUGACCAUGGUGCUCCUGGUCCUAAGGGAGAGCCUGGUGCCAAGGGAGAGCCUGGCCCAGCUGGAGUUCAGGGACUUGCUGGCCCCUCUGGUGAGGAGGGAAAGAGAGGACCCCGUGGAGAGCCUGGUGGUGCUGGACCUCGUGGACCCCCUGGAGAGCGUGGUCCCCCUGGUGCUCGUGGUUUCCCUGGUUCUGAUGGAGGUGCUGGUGGCAAGGGUGCCCCUGGUGAGCGUGGUGCUCCCGGUGCAUUGGGACCUCAGGGAGCCACUGGUGAGUCUGGAAGCCCCGGAGCUCCUGGUGCUCCUGGAUCCAAGGGUGUGACCGGUAGCCCUGGAAGCCCCGGCCCUGACGGCAAAGCUGGACCCGCUGGUGCCACUGGACAAGAUGGACGCCCUGGACCUCCUGGCUCUGCUGGAUCUAGAGGACAGCCUGGAGUUAUGGGAUUCCCUGGACCCAAGGGAGUUGCUGGUGAGGCUGGUAAGGCUGGAGAGAGAGGACCCUCUGGUGCCACCGGUGCUGUUGGUGCUCCUGGCAAAGAUGGUGAUGUUGGUGCUCCUGGACCUUCUGGCCCUGCUGGACCUGCUGGUGAGAAGGGAGAGCAGGGACCUGCUGGUUCUGCUGGAUUCCAGGGUCUUCCCGGACCCCAAGGUGCUACUGGUGAGACUGGCAAGCCUGGUGAGCAGGGUGCCCCUGGUGAGGCUGGAGCCCCUGGCCCAUCUGGAUCCAGAGGUGACAGAGGUUUCCCUGGUGAGCGCGGUGCUCCCGGUGUUGCUGGCCCAACUGGACCUCGUGGUUCUCCUGGCCCUGCUGGUAACGAUGGACCCAAGGGAGAGCCUGGUGCUGGUGGUGCCCCCGGUGCUGCUGGAGCCCCUGGUAUGCAGGGAAUGCCUGGUGAGCGUGGAGCUGCUGGUCUGCCUGGUGCCAAGGGAGAGAGAGGUGAUGGCGGUGCCAAGGGAGGUGAUGGUGCCCCCGGCAAAGAUGGUGCUCGUGGUCUGACUGGUGCUAUUGGACUCCCUGGACCUCCUGGUGCUCAGGGUGAGAGGGGAGAGUCUGGCGCUGUUGGUGUUGCUGGACCCACCGGUCCUCGUGGUGCCCCUGGUGAGCGUGGAGAGGCUGGACCUGCUGGACCUGCUGGAUUUGCUGGACCUCCGGGUGCUGAUGGUCAACCUGGUGCCAAGGGUGAGAAUGGUGACACUGGACCCAAGGGAGAUGCUGGUGCUUCUGGACCCGGCGGACCUGUUGGAGCAGCUGGACCUCAGGGACCUGCUGGACCUCCUGGACCCAAAGGUGCUCGUGGUGGUGCUGGAUCCCCUGGUGCUACUGGUUUCCCUGGACCUGCUGGCAGAGUUGGACCUCCCGGCCCUGCUGGAUCUGCUGGACCCCCCGGACCCGUUGGACCUGGCGGCAAAGAGGGAGCAAGAGGAGCUCGUGGUGAGACUGGAGCUGCUGGUCGCCCUGGUGAGGCUGGUGCUGCUGGAGUUUCCGGACCUACUGGAGAGAAGGGAUCUCCUGGUGCUGAUGGAGCCCCUGGUCCCAUUGGUAUCCCCGGACCUGGUGGUAUGGCUGGACAGCGUGGUGUUGUAGGUCUCCCUGGACAGCGUGGAGAGCGUGGUUUCAGUGGUCUGCCUGGACCUUCUGGUGAGCCUGGAAAACAGGGACCUCUUGGACUUGUUGGUGAGCGUGGACCCCCUGGACCUGCUGGACCUCCUGGACUCUCUGGUGCUCCUGGAGAGGCUGGUCGUGAGGGAUCUCAGGGUCAUGAUGGUGCCCCUGGUCGCGAUGGACCCACUGGACCCAAGGGAGACCGUGGUGAGUCUGGCAUGGCUGGACCCCCAGGAGCCCCUGGUGCACCUGGAGCCCCUGGAGCUGUUGGCCCAUCUGGCAAGACUGGUGACCGUGGAGAGUCUGGUUCCGCUGGUCCUGCUGGCCCUAGUGGUCCUGCUGGUGUCCGUGGCCCUGCUGGACCUGCUGGAGCUAAGGGAGACAGAGGAGAGGCUGGUGAGGCUGGAGACAGAGGCCACAAGGGACACAGAGGAUUCAGUGGCAUGCAGGGUCUGCCUGGACCUGCUGGAUCUGCUGGAGAGAGAGGACCCGCUGGUGCCUCUGGACCCGCUGGACCAAGAGGACCUGCUGGAAGCAGUGGCGUUGCUGGUAAGGAUGGCAUGAACGGUCUGCCUGGACCCAUUGGACCCCCUGGACCUCGUGGUCGCAAUGGAGAGAUGGGCCCUGCUGGUCCUCCUGGACCUCCUGGACCCGCUGGACCACCUGGAGCUCCCGGAGGUGGAUUUGACUUUGUCAGCCAGCCUCUUCAGGAGAAGGCCCCUGAUCCCUACCGUGGUGGCUACCGCGCUGCUGACGACCCCAACGUGAUGCGCGACCGUGACCAGGAGAUCGACACCACCCUCAAGACCCUGACCCAGAAGGUUGAGAAAAUCCGCAGCCCUGACGGUACCCAGAAGAGCCCUGCCCGCAUGUGCCGCGACCUGAGGAUGUGCCACCCUGAGUGGAAGAGCGGCAUGUACUGGGUGGAUCCCAACCAGGGCUCCGCUCUGGACGCCAUCAAGGUCCACUGCAACAUGGAGACUGGUGAGACCUGCGUCUUCCCCAGCAAGGCCACCAUCCCCAUGAAGAACUGGUACACCAGCUCAAACAGAGAGAAGAAGCACGUCUGGUUCAGCGAGUCCAUGACUGGUGGAUUCCAGUUCCAGUAUGGUGUCGAUGGAGCUGAUCCCGAGGACGUCAACAUCCAGAUGACCUUCAUGCGCCUGAUGUCCAACCAGGCCUCUCAGAAUAUCACAUACCACUGCAAGAACAGCAUCGCCUACAUGGACGCCGCCACCGGCAACAGGAAGAAGGCUUUGAAUCUCCAGGGCUCCAACGAUGUGGAGAUCAGAGCUGAGGGCAACAGCCGCUUCACAUACACCGUCAGCGAGGAUGGCUGCACGUCACACACUGGCACAUGGGGCAAGACAGUCAUUGACUACAAGACAACGAAAACAUCCCGCCUGCCCAUCAUUGACAUUGCUCCUAUGGAUGUUGGUGGACCUGAUCAGGAGUUUGGCGUCCAAGUUGGCCCUGUUUGCUUCUUGUAAAAAUGAAAGAAAUAUGGACAUGACAUUGUUGUUUUUUUUCUAGCAGUCAUCUCUAAAUCCUUUUUUCUAUGCAUUCAAAACUCAUUCGGCUGCCAUUGGUCCACAUGCUUAAAACCACUCCACUGAAGACGGUGUUUAUUUUUUAUUUUCCCAUCAUGAGAAGAUGAUUUUUGGACUGCUACUUCAACCAACCACAAGGACACUUUAAAAAGAAUCUUUUGUUCCCACUGGCAACAAGAAAAUAAUAUAUGUACUUGUGUAAAAUUUCCCCCUGGAGAUUGAGAAAAAAAAACAGAAACAUCCACAAACGCAAUGAAACACAGGUGACUUUUGCCAUUUUCUACCACUGCGGGAAGGACAUUGAAAACAACAAGUGAAAUGUACCAUUUUUCUGGUGUUAAAUAAAUUGUAAAAAGUG